AAUGAGGAGUUGGACAUCGGCGGCGGCGGUUCCGAUACUAUGAACUACGAUAGCAUUAAAUUGAACUAUCAAUCGGCAAAUAAUAGCAACACCAACACCACCAAUAACCCGAACCAAGUGCCGCCACCGCAAUACAAACCGUUAACAUUGCUGGAGAAGCGAUUCCUGUUGGCCGUCGAAAGAGGUGAUCUGCCAGCUGUCCGCAGAUCACUGAAUGAGACGCCACGGGAGGAGCUGAACAUCAACUGUUGCGAUCCGCUCGGCCGAAGUGGUCUACUGAUGGCCAUUGAUAACGAAAACCUCGAGAUGUGUGAACUGCUGUUGGGCUCCGGUGUCGAAAUGAAAGAUGCAUUGCUUCACGCCAUCAACGAAGAGUUUGUCGAAGCCGUGGAACUGCUGCUCGACAAUGAAGACCAGUAUCACGUGCCCGGACAGCCACAUUCCUGGGAAGCCAUAGAACGGGAAACCUUUACGUCGGACAUAACGCCAUUGGUUUUGGCCGCCCAUCGAAACAAUUACGAAAUAAUUAAGAUUGUAUUAGAUAGAGGAACUUCACCGAUGCCGGCCCCACACGAUGCCCGAUGUGGUUGUAAAGAGUGUCGAUUAGCCAAUAAGGAAGACUGUUUACGGCACUCAAGAUCCCGGAUCAAUGCCUACAAAGCCCUGUGCUCUCCAUCAUUGAUAGCGUUGUCAUCAAAAGAUCCGAUUUUGACGGCCUUUGAGCUCAGUUGGCAAUUAAGGCGACUGUCGUUUCUGGAGCCAGAAUUCAAAUCAGAAUAUCAGGAUCUUCGACGACAGUGUCAAUCGUUUGCUACCGCACUGCUAGACCACACCCGAACCACCGAGGAAUUGGAGGUUUUAUUAAAUUAUGAUCCACUGGGAGAUCCAUUAGAAACACACGGACGGAUGCAAUUGGCGCGACUAAAGCUGGCGAUACGUGUUAAACAAAAAUUGUUUUGCGCACACGCCAACGUUCAACAAUUGUUGGCCUCAAUCUGGUACGAGGGUCUGCCAGGAUUUCGCCGCAAAAACAUCAUUGUCCAGACCCUACAGUUGGUAGUUAUCGGUACAGUAUUUCCGCUGUUGUCCAUUGCCUACAUACUGGCCCCGCACUCGACAUUAGGCCAGUUCAUCAAAAAACCAUUUAUCAAAUUCAUAUGCCAUUCGGCCAGUUAUAUAACAUUUUUAUUAUUGUUGAUAUUGGCGUCACAACGAAUUGAAACUGAUAUUUUUGGCGAUUUAUUUCAUAAUGAAUUGGCUAAUACAACGAAACGAGGGGCGCCUCCCUCACCAAUAGAGCUAUGCAUAUUAGCAUGGGUGCUAGGUUUAAUAUGGAGUGAAGUAAAACAAUUGUGGGACUUAGGAAUUGCCGAUUAUUUAAGUGAUAUGUGGAAUAUUCUGGAUUUUAUAACAAAUUCACUUUAUGUAGCAACAAUUGCAUUGAGAGUUAUCGCUUAUUUACAAAUUCAAAAAGAGAUAUCAUUGAAAACGGGAACCGCUUCACUGCCCCGCGAAUAUUGGGACGCAUUUGAUCCGAUCCUAUUAUCCGAGGGCUUGUUUGCCGCGGCCAACAUAUUCAGUUCGCUGAAGUUGGUCUACAUUUUUUCGGUAAACCCUCAUUUGGGUCCAUUGCAGAUAAGUUUGGGCCGUAUGGUCAUCGAUAUACUCAAGUUUUUAUGUGUCUAUACGUUGGUAUUGUUUUCGUUUGCCUGCGGAAUGAAUCAACUUCUUUGGUAUUACGCCGAUAUGGAGAAACAGGUAUGUUAUGUUCAACAAUCGGGUGCAAAACCCGGUGCCAAAAAUCAUACAGAGAUGUCCCGUCCCGACGCUUGCUUUACAUGGAGACGAUUUGCUAACUUAUUUGAGUCGUCGCAAACAUUAUUUUGGGCCAGUUUUGGUUUAAUUGAUCUGGAAAGUUUUGAGCUUACAGGCAUUCAAACUUAUACACGAUUUUGGGGUCUAUUAAUGUUUGGCUCCUACAGUGUUAUCAAUGUUAUAGUUUUGUUAAACUUAUUGAUAGCAAUGAUGAAUCAUUCAUAUCAAAUGAUAAGUGAACAGGCAGACAAAGAGUGGAAGUUUGCCCGAAGUAAGCUCUGGAUGAGCUAUUUUAAUGAUGGCGAGACAGUACCGCCGCCGUUCAAUGUCAUACCGUCACCCAAAUCGGUGAUCUAUCUAUUCAAAUGGUUGUUCCAUAAGUUUUGCGGUCGUACCCGAAAAGCUAAGAAUGAGGCAAUGAGAACCAUUAGGCGAAAACAACGAAAGGCCAGCGAACGAGAUCAUAGAUAUCAGUCGGUUAUGCGAUCGCUGGUCAAGAGGUAUAUAACUAGCGAACAGCGUAUUCAAGAGAGACAAAGAGGUGUUACCGAAGAUGAUUGCAAUGAAAUCAAACAAGACAUCAGUGCUCUUAGAUAUGAAUUGUUGGAAAUGUUGGGAACUAAAGGCAAAGACGGCACUUCACAGUCAGUCGGCAAAAGAGGUCGACAGCGGGAACGGCGACUAAUGAAAGGUUUUAACUUUGACUUUCUGAUGCGCGAUCGGGUAACCAGUUUUGACGACGACUACGACUAUACGCCGGCACCGUCACCGCGAUCGCCGGCCAAACUCAAGUCGUCGUCCACUUCGUCGCGCAAUCGAUUCGUACGACUAGCCCGGGGUUUGGCCAAUAAACGUCGCGGCGGUAACAACAAUCGGUGGCGACAAUUGAUCGAAGCGACCAGAAAUAAAGUGAUGCCAUUCUCCAGGAGUCAAGAGUCGAUGAAUAGCGAUACUAUUGGCAGCGGCAGUGUCUGCGGUGGUAUUGGACUAACUGUUGGCAAUGCUGGCAGCCGUGCGGGUGUUGGUGGGAUUGCUGGCGGCGGCGGCGGCAGCGAUACUGGUGUUGGUGUCGGUAUUUUACGGUCAACCAGUGUAGUCGAUACUAUGUUGUCGAUGGACGCCAAUGUUCGCCGAUCGAUGUUUGCCCGCAAGUUUGACAAUCUAUCGGAAAGCCAAUCAAAUACUUUCGAUAAUACCGACUAUAAUCGCGAAUCGUCCGAUACUACUACCGAAGGAUCGACUAUUAUAGUGAAAAAAAAUAAUAAAAACGAAUGGAUAUAA